AACUUAUCAACUUAUUAACUAGACUCGAUUAUGGUCUUCAUGUGGUAAUAUCGCUUCAGCGUAUCUUUGCAUUCCGAUAAUUCUUAUUGUCUCUUAGAUUUGGCUGAUUCUCCUCGUGGCCACUGGUUCGCCUACACAGUACAUACUGUACACUUCCUUCUCGAUUCCGCCCGUCUCCCCGUCGUGAGCUUCUUGCCCCGCGCAUGCAAAACCUCCACCCCAGGCUAUUUUGGGUGAUUCAGGAUGAGUAUGAGAGCGAGGCAACGGAUUCGCGCGCCGCGCAGGGGUAUCCCCGCCAGCAAAACCGACGAUUUCGAGACUAAUUGGGCCGAUCUGUCGACCUCAUUGAAGAAGAUCCACACCAGAGAUGCCUCCAAUCUUUCCUUCGAGCAGCUCUACCGGAACUCUUAUAACAUCGUGUUGAUGGCGCGCGGGGAGGAUCUCUACGAGCGGAUCAAGAAAUUGGAGCAGGAAUGGCUGGACGCGGAGGUCAAGACCCGGGUCACGGCGGCGAUCUCCUCGAGCCUCUUACUCGCGAAGGAGCUGGCCGAGGUGCAGGAGCAGGCAAAUGAGCGUCGGGAAGCCGGCGAGAGGUUCCUGGCGGCGAUGCGGGAGGCCUUUGAGGAUCAUCAGCUGUGCAUGGGUAUGAUCACGGACGUGCUUAUGUAUAUGGACCGAUUCAUGUCGACCGAUCAUCGAAAGCCGUCGAUCUACGCGGCAGCCAUGGCUUUGUUCCGCGAACAUGUUCUACAGUCGCCGAUUCGAUCGGACUCGAAGACGAAGGUGGUGGAUGUGCUGGAGUCGACCAUCCUGUUCAUGAUCCAGCUUGAACGCUCCGGGCAGAUCAUCGACCGCGUUUUGAUUCGCCAUUGCGUCUACAUGCUGGAAGGACUGUACGAGUCAAGCAACGAGGAAGAGUCGUCCAAGCUUUACCUGACCAUCUUCGAGCCGGCGUUCCUGGAUGCGAGCAAGAAGUUUUACCAGGCUGAGGGACGGCGCUUGCUGGAGACGGGGGAUGCUGCGACGUUCUGCAAGGUCGCCACAGACCGUCUCGCCGAGGAGACGGAGCGGUGCACCUAUACUCUCUCCUCAUCGACGGAGUCUAAGAUCAAGGAGGUGCUGGAUAAAGAAUUGAUCGCGAGUAACAUCAGCGAGGUUGUGAACUUGGAAGGCACAGGGGUCCGGCAGAUGCUCGACAACGAUCGCUUGGAUAACCUGCGGAGUAUCUAUGUGCUGAGCGCACGAGUUGACCCGAAGAAGACUCCCCUUACCGCCGCGGUGCAGAAGCGCAUUGUGGAGAUGGGUAAGGAAAUCAAUGCGGGGGCAGUUGCAUUGGCACAGACACCGGCAGCGAUCCCCGCGCCGAAGAAGACCUCGACAGACAAGAGCGAAGCGGCGAAAAGGCCGGCCGAGAAAGAGAAACCGGUCAAUCAGCAGACUGCUGCCGCUAUCAAAUGGGUGGACGACAUUCUUGGCUUGAAGAAGAAGUUCGAUAGCAUCUGGGAGACCUCGUUCCAAUCGGAUCAUGUCAUGCAGAGUGCGAUCACGACGAGUUUCUCGGACUUCAUCAAUUCCGAGUCGCGCAGCUCAGAGUACCUGUCCUUGUUCUUUGACGAGAAUCUGAAGAAGGGUAUCAAGGGGAAGACAGAAACAGAGGUCGACUCUUUGCUGGACAACGGCAUCACGCUCCUUCGCUACGUCAAGGACAAAGACAUGUUCGAGGCGUACUACAAGAAACACCUCUCCCGUCGUCUUCUCAUGAAACGCUCCGUAAGCAUGGACGCGGAACGUCAGAUGAUCUCGAAAAUGAAGAUGGAGGUCGGAAAUCAAUUUACGCAGCGGUUGGAGGCGAUGUUCAAGGACAUGACCAUCUCGGAGGAUCUUACGGCCAGCUAUAAGGAGCAUGUCAAGAAGACCGGAGACCCUGAUACGAAGCGGAUCGACUUGGACAUCAACGUCCUCACUAGCACGAUGUGGCCCAUGGAGAUCAUGGCCAGUGCGACGCGCGAUGACGUGCAGUUGUCUUGCAUCUACCCGAAGGAAGUGGAGGGCGUCAAACAGAGCUUCGAACAGUACUACCUGGGCAAACACAGCGGACGCAAGCUCUCGUGGCAGCCCACCAUGGGCACGGCCGAUAUCCGGCUGGAGUUUGCGCGGUCUAACGGGAAGAUUCAGAAGCACGAGCUCAACGUUUCGACUUAUGCCAUGGUCAUCUUACUAUUGUUCAACGAGGUGGCCACGGGCGAGUCUUUGACGUACACAGAGAUCAAGGAGCAGACCCGGAUCCCGGAUCACGACCUCAUUCGCAACCUGCAAUCGCUUGCCGUCGCGCCGAAGACACGAGUCCUGCGCAAAGAUCCCAUGAGUCGCGACGUCAAGCCUACGGACAAGUUCUUCUUCAACCACGACUUCCAGAGCCAAUUCCUGAAGGUCCGCAUUGGCGUCGUCAGCGGAAGCGCCAACAAGGUGGAAAACCAGGAUCAGCGGAAGGAGACGGAGAAGAAGAUGAGUGAAGAGCGUGGUGCCAGUAUUGAGGCCGCGAUUGUUCGCAUCAUGAAGCAACGCAAAUCCCUUACCCAUUCCAAGCUGAUGACCGAGGUCCUAAGUCAACUCUCCGCACGGUUCGUGCCGGAUGUCAACAUGAUCAAGAAGCGCAUCGAGAGUCUGAUUGACCGGGAGUAUCUGGAGCGAAUCGAGGAAGAUCCUCCCACGUAUGGAUACGUUGCAUGAUAUUGUCGCUUAGUCUUCGUCGCUUUGGAUUUUAUUGCUUGAGCGUUUGGGGCCGGGAACAUGAGCUUAGCGUUGAGGCGCAAGGUUGGUGUGUUUGUUAUAGAUAUUGUGGGGGGGCAUUUCCGGAGACGGGUUCUCUGAAUGCAUACUCCGUAUAGGUUGGCCUGAGCCUAUGUUCUUUUUUUUUUUU